AGAUUAAAGUUCUUGCUAUUUAAAGGCAAAACAAGAAAAGUCGUUUUGUCAGUUCUCAUCUUGAUCUUUCUCUCGUCAAACUUAAAAUGAUUUUAUUUGUAUCUUUUUUGUUGCUUACAUUACCCAUCAUCUCAAAUGGACUCCCAUUGUCUCAUGAAAAGUUACAAUCGACUUUUUACGAUAUAUUUCGAUCUUAUGACAAUGAAUCGAUUAAUCAAGUCUGCGGUCGCGAUACUCUCCCAGACCAAGUGCCAUUCUACGCUACGGUAGAAGUGAUUCGUUAUGAAGUUCAUUCAAAAUUUUUCAAUAUGUCCAAACAUAAAAAGUGUGGUGGUGUUUUAAUUUCAAAUCGAUGGGUCUUGACUGCGGCCCAAUGCACAUACAAUAUCUCUGGAACCAUACGAGUUGUUUUAGGUGACCAAUUGAACAACAAAACGAUUGGAGUGGAAGCAAUUUACGUCCAUCCGGAUUUUAAUCGUCGAACACUCGAAAACAAUAUCGCCCUUUUAUUAUUGGAAGAUCCAGUUCAGUUCAGUAGGAGUAUCCAACCAAUUUGUUUACCAGAGCCUGGAGAAGAUGAAACUUUUUAUGGUCGCAAUGGAACAUUGGGUCUCGGGAUGAAACUAAAUGUAUAUGGGAGAAAAUUACUUAACACUAUGCAAAUAACCACUCCGCCGAUCAUGAGAUAUGAUUAUUGUCAAAGAUUUCCCGGAAAAGCUGCAGUCAACGAAACAAUUAACCCUGAGUCCUUUUUGUGCUCUGGUUUUCCUAAAGGAUAUAUACGAUUUUAUUCACGUAUUUCAUGGCCUGGCGAUCCGUUGAUGGUCAAAGUUGAAAAAAAUUGGGUACUUGCUGGUAUUAAUACAUUGCACAACGUGGACUCACUUUUUACUUGCAUUAGAGUUGGAUUUUACUUGGACUGGAUUAAAAGAACAAUAGAACAAAAUAAUAGUUGA